CACCAAAGCCUGGGCCAUGGAGUCGAACCCAGACAGCCCCAGCCGGGCUGUGGAGUACCUCCUGGAGCUCAAUAACAUCAUUGAGAACCAGGCCAAGCUCCUGGAGACGCAACGGCGGCGUAUCGAAGAGCUCGAGACGCAGCUCGACCGUGUCAACCAGGAGAACCAGGACCUCCGCUUGGACAGAAAGCCUGGAACUGAGAACUCCACCCAGAACCACAAUCAUGAACAGAACUUAAAGUCCAGCGGACCGUCGUCUUUGACGAACCACAACGCCAACAAUAUCCACCAAAACAGCAACAGUAACGUACCAUCGUCUACAGUUCCUGGCCCAGCUCGGCGCACUCACACCAGGCUGAGCCGAGGCCUGUCGUGUGGGUCAGCUCCUGUGGAGAAGGAGAGGGGAAGGCUAGAGAGGAACGAUAGCACUGGAACCAACAGCACAUCUACUCUACGGAGACAACUGCACUCAUUUUCUAGUCUCUCCACCAUCACUCAUCGCUCUCAUGCCUCGUUCGGCAACAACCAUCCGAGCGCUCAUAGCUUCAGUCAUCAUCAGUUCUGCUGCACCUCGAGGCCAAGUAAGCUCGAGCCUUCUCCUGCUGCCUCUCUCAUCAAUGUCACAGCAAGUGUUGAUGACGAGACUCGCGCUCCGGAGUCAAACCCCUUCUCAGACAGCAGUAAAUCCCCUUAUCAACAUCGCUCUGACUGCUACCGGGAAGGAAGCUGUGGCCCUCCAGGCUCCCGGGGGCCAGUUGUGGGCCCCCCAAGCCCAGCUUGCCUCACCUGGGCUCAGCGCACCCGUAACCAGCCGGCUAGUCUGGCCUUGCGCAAACAGGAGGAAGAGGAGAACAAGAGGUGCAAAGCUCUUUCUGACAGCUAUGAGCUUUCAACUGACCUCCAGGACAAGAAGGUGGAGAUGCUGGAGAGGAAAUACGGUGGCUACUUUCUAAGCAGACGAGCAGCACGGACCAUUCAGACUGCCUUCCGGCAGUAUCGCAUGAACAAGAACUUUGAGCGCCUGCGCAGCUCAGCUUCCGAGAGCCGUAUGACACGGCGAAUCAUCCUGUCCAACAUGCGCAUGCAGUACUCAUUUGACGAGCGCCAGCCACAGCCUCAGCCCCAGUCCUGCCACAGCCCUGGCAUGGGCCCCCCACAUUCACCCGACCUGGAGCCUGAGUCACCUGCACAAACAGAAUAUACUCAUUUAGAGGAUUCCUUUUCUAAACAGGUGAAGUCUCUGGCUGAUUCCAUUGAUGAUGCACUAGCAUGCCGUCCAGGUAGAGACGACUCCCAGGAUGGCCUUGGGGAUAGUGGUGCUGUAGACGACUUUGGUGAGUGCAUCUGGAGCAGCAACAGUCACCCAUCUCUCCGUCGGGGCCUGGCUGAGCGGGAGCGAGGCAGCACAGGAGGUGGUCUGAGCAUGCAUGAGGAUAGCACGGCUACAUCAUACAGCGAUGUCACUCUCUACAUGGAUGAUGGUUUGCCCUCAUCACCCCUGUCAUUAGACCGGGCACCAAGCAGCACAGACACCGAAUUCUGGGGGGGUAUGACGAGCGGGGUUGGUGGCCGAGAGGACAGCAGGGAUACCGAGGGAGGUGGGAGCAGCAAUAGCAGGCGCAGCACGCCGUGUACAGAGUGCAGAGAUUAUCGCCUCCGAGGGGCACAUUUGCCUCUGCUCACAAUAGAGCCACCCAGUGACAGUUCGGUGGAUAUGAGUGACCGUUCAGACAGGGGUUCCCUAGGCCGGCAGCUGGUGUAUGAGCAGGACUCAAGUGGGGGUUCCCCUCAGGGCACACUAAAGCACAAUCCCAAUGCCAAAGCGCAAGGCCAAGCCCGUCCAGCCAGUCGCCCAACAGCACCACACCUCCCGCAACAUGUGACCCACCACCACCACCAUCAUCACCACCAUCAUCAUCACCAGUAUCCUGACACUCCAUCAUCUUCCUCCUCCCCCCAGCAGCCCCCCACUACUCCACUCUCAUCAUCUUCUUCCGCACAACUGCCUUCCGGAGGCUUGGAUCAGCAGUGUUGCUCAGAUGGUGAUAAUGACUCUCUAAACUCCACCACAAACUCCAACGAGACCAUUAACUGCAGCUCUGGCUCAUCGUCCAGGGACAGCCUGCGGGAACCACUGCCGCCUCUGGGCAAGCAGACAUACCAGAGGGAAAGCCGCCACAGUUGGGACUCUCCUGCUUUCAACAAUGAUGUGGCACAGAGAAGGCAGUAUCGCAUUGGACUCAACCUUUUCAACAAGAAACCAGAGAAGGGCAUUCAAUACCUGAUCGAGCGGGGCUUUGUGUCAGACACGCCUGUUGGCAUUGCCCGUUUUAUUCUAGAGAGGAAAGGCCUAAGCCGACAGAUGAUUGGGGAGUUCUUGGGCAACCGACAGAAGCAGUUCAACAAGGAUGUACUCGACUGUGUGGUUGAUGAGAUGGACUUUUCCGGAAUGGAUCUAGAUGAUGCUCUACGGAAAUUUCAAGCCCAGAUCAAAGUGCAAGGAGAGGCCCAAAAAGUGGAACGACUUAUUGAGGCUUUCAGUCAGAGAUACUGUGUGUGUAACCCUGCACUGGUGCGACAGUUCCAGAAUCCUGACACUAUCUUCAUCCUUGCUUUUGCCAUCAUCCUCCUCAACACAGACAUGUACAGCCCGAGUGUCAAACCAGACAGGAAGAUGAAGUUGGAUGAUUUUAUUAAGAACCUGAGAGGAGUAGACAAUGGACAGGAUAUCCCACGUGACCUAUUGGUGGGGAUCUACCAGCGCAUUCAGAAGUGGGAACUGAGGACCAAUGAUGACCAUGUCUCCCAGGUCCAGGCUGUGGAGAGAGUCAUCGUGGGCAAGAAACCAGUCCUGUCUCUUCCCCACCGCAGGCUGGUGUGCUGCUGCCAGCUUUAUGAGGUGCCCGACCCCAACCGACCACAGCGCACUGGUGUUCACCAGAGAGAGGUGUUCCUCUUCAACGACCUUUUGGUGGUAACAAAGAUCUUCCAGAAGAAGAAAACAUCUGUGACAUACAGUUUCCGGCAGUCAUUCCCUCUGGUGGAGAUGCAAGUUCACAUGUUUCAAAACUCCUACUACCCUCAUGGUGUCAGGCUAACAUCAGCAAUCCCAGGCGGUGAACGUAAGGUGCUAAUUGUGUUCAAUGCACCAAGUCAGCCGGACCGCACACGCUUCGUCAGUGAUCUGAGAGAGAGCAUUGCUGAGGUGCAGGAGAUGGAGAAAUACAGAGUUGAAUCGGAGCUCGAGAAGCAAAAAGGCGUCAUGCGGCCCAGCCUUCUUAGCAGCACUGUGGUGGGUGGAGGGGUGGGCGGAGUCAAGAAUGAAGUAGUCAAUGGAAGCAUUGGAAGAUCUAGUUUGGACGACAACUAUUCACCCAGUGAAGGCUUGAAACGCACUGCUCUUAGCUCCUCACUUAGGGACCUGUCUGAUUCAGGGAAACGCGGUCGAAGAAACAGCGUUGGUUCCCUUGACAGUACAAUGGAAGUAAGUCUGAGUGGAGCAGAGCAGUCCACAGCCUCACCAGCGUUACCCAGUAGCCACUGUGCUAUCGAGCUGCUAUGGAACCGAAGAGUACCGGCCUCACCGCCCCAUCCUGAGCCCCGGAGUGGGGGUGGGGGGUGGGCCGGGGCAGCAACACACCACGGCGCCCGCGCCUCCUGGCACUGUACCUCCAGCCUCCAGCAGCAGCAGCAGCAGCGAGAGAGGUGCAACCAGUGGAACAACGACCAGCGCCACAUCGUUCCUGGGAUCACUGUUUGGGACGAAACGGGCCAAAGCACCAGGCCCCAUCAUCCCGCCGGGGCCACCUUACCCCGCCCCUACGGUGCCAGCACUACCACCGCCUCUUUCCCCUUUGCCCCUGUGCCCUCAAGAGUCCAUUGGCACAUCCAAGAUCCAGUACUGCCACACUAUGGGUGCAGGCAUGGCUGGGCACCCGCCACCACCGUACUGCCACCCGCACCAACGUUGCCAACACGGUGGUCCACAGCGCCAGCAUGCCACACUACAGCGAGUCACACUACCACGCCGACCAACCCACAACUCUUCACCCUAUCUGCCACCGCUCUCCCAACAUGUUUUUCAGGCUCGCUUCGGGAAUUCGGGCAAUGGGGGCUCGACGUGCGUCCCCCCUCCCCCCCUUUCUCCUCACUCCCCACUAUCCCAACUCCCAUCGUUUACCCUUUGCCACGCACCGCUCACACACUCGGUCAGAGGGGGCGCCGUUGUGGCCAAAACGCCGUUAGCGCUGUCACACUCACAACCACACCCGCACCAACACGCACACUCCCACGGGCAUACGCCCCACCCUGCCCAUCCGCCACACUUCGUGUUCGCCAGCCCACCGCCACCCUUUCCAGCGCCCACUCCGCCACCCCUUCCACCCUCCGCUCAGCCCGCCGCGGCCCAGCACGCGUCGCCGGCCGCCCCGUAUCCGCCCCCGUAUCCUCCGCUUUCCUCCAUCCCACCUCCCCCCCUCCACUCCCCUUUACCCCCCCCUUCCACCCCCCUUACCCCUCUUACGCCUCUCUCCCCUCUCCCCCCCCCCUCGCACCCCGCCCCGCCACCGCCACAGGUCACGGCACCAUCGCCAGGUCAGACUGGCACGGCCGACCGGGUCAAAUCCAAGCCUGCCAGCCGGAUCAGCACGGUAGUAUGAGCAGGGGUAAGGGAAAGGUGCGCUCCUGGGGCUCUCUACGAGGUCCCCUGGUGGUGGGAGGAGGAACAGCAGAGAGAUUGGAAGACAUGGGCGGAAGUCGGACCAGGACAGAGGGCAGCAAGAGGAAACGCAACCUACUGAGACUCUGUUACUUUCAUUUGCGCUUCCCACAAGUAUAAAGUGAGAUAGGACAUGGGAAAUGUUGUUUCGUAUAUACACGAUAAGCACAUUUAAAAAUGCACUUCAUAACAGGGUCUGUCAUCAUACAGUGGAUCAAAUCUCAGAAAUGAUAAAAAAAAGAAGCACAACUGACUUUAACUGAAAAUGUGUAAGUUACUGACUUAUUGACAAGCAAUUAAUUCCUUUGUUUUCCUCUCUUUCUUCAAUUAUACAUCAAAAUUUUAGCCAUAGCACAUAAUAGAAAUAAAAUGCAACCAGGUAUUAAACUCAUGGGCAUGCAUAGACUUAAUUGCACUCCAACCCUGACUAAGUAUGCACAGGGAGUGAAUAAACUGCCUAUAGCCAUAAGAGGAUGCAUUCUCAGAGUCAGUGCAUGAAGAAACAUGAAGAGCUUGUCUCGGUCUGUAGACCCUGUAGAUCAGGUAGACCUACAAUGAACGAGUCUCUAUCAUUUACUGGACAUACAGUGUAAAUCCAUUCUCAGUGAAAGAAUGUGUGGAAUGUGUUUUAAGCUCUAGCUUAGCAGACACAUAAAAUAUACGCAAUAAUCAGUUAUACUAACCAUUGAUUACUAGAUGUUCAGCUUAUAGUGAGUUUUGCUCUUCUCCUGUAUAAAUAUUGACUCAUAAGACAGGCAUAUUUAAACAGCAUAAAGAAACAUGACUAAUGUACCAUUUUUAAUGUUGCAAGUCAGAUUUAAAGCUUCGUUCAUUUAUUUAUAGAUCUGACCUUGACAAAUCGUAAACUGUUUGAGUUAGAGAGGUGAUUGUUUCAACCCCAGUGCUAACCCAGCAGGAGCGUUUUGAUUGUGUCUAUGUUAAAUUGUCAAUGUAUGGAACAAUGUUGGUUUUAACAAUUGGAACAAUGUUGGUAUUAGGUUGUUUUUGAAAGUUAGACUUUCUUUGAUGAAUUGAUAUUGGACCAAUGUACUAAAUGGCCCUAACACACUCAAUUAGACAUUUAUUGUUGUCUCUCAACUAAGAUGCAUCCUUCACAAUAGUUCACGAUAGUUUAUUUUCUUCUUCUUUUAUAAAAUCAAACAGCUAUCAUCGGCAGUAUAAGCAUGUCAGGAUGUACAUAUCGAUACGUUUUAUAAAAUCAGAUAAUCAGUAAUCCUUUUUGGACUUUGCAGAUACAUUGCAAAGUUAUAUAGAAUACCGCAAAGUACAGUAGGUGCUGUGUAAGAGUGUGACAUGCCUAAAUCAUGAGCAAUAUCGAUCACUUUCAUGUUUUUAGUAACCCUUUUGUUUCAUUUCAACUUUUUUGCCUAUUCCUGCUGCUAUCACUAGCACCAUUUUGCUGUUUUUGGAAGCCAUGACACACUUCGAGGUAAUACUUUUGAAAUAAAAUUACGAAUACAUUUUUGAAAUAAAUGCGAGCAAUUUGUGUGCAAGAGGCAUGAGAUUUAUUUCAGAGAGGCUGUAGUGUUCGUCAGUAAACAUAUAAACAUAAAGGACCACGGAUGCGUGUACAGUCGGACGUGCAGCAGAAUAAAUUGCCAUAAAGUAAAUGUUGAUAUUCUGUUUUUUUGACAUUGCAUUGGGGUAAUUUAUUCAACGUUAUCUCAACAUCAUUUUAUCAAAGUAUUUUGAACUGUUUCAAAAACAACAUUGUCCCGAUACUGUUUUUUGGGUGAAUGACAUUGCAACUUAAUUACAACUAUAUUACAAUAUCACGCACUAUUACGCUUCCUGCUGGCAGCAUCUACAUUACCAUCUACUCUCAUUAAAUUUGCACCAUCUUCUUUUUUUUUUAUUUAUGGAAAAGUAUAAACAUUCUUGUAUGCCUGUUAUUAAAUAAGUAUUCUAAAGGGCUUGAAUUUUCACGUGAUUAUUGGAAGUUUAAUUACUUUACACAUGCUUGAAGACGUGAGUUUAAUGAUUGCACCUUUUACAGCCAAAAAGCUUGAUUUUCCUUGCGUGAAAAAAUAUUUCAGUUGUCAAUCAUAAUAAAAAACAAUGAUAAAAAUCAUACUAAUAAUAUCAAUGAUGAUACUUUGCUAAAUGAUCAGUUAUCUAGGCAGUUUGCUAGAGGUGGCACUAAUAUUUUGCGAGUGCUUAAAAUAAAUGGUAAACUGCCAGGGACAUUGUAGUUAGAGAAAGUUAAAAGAGUUACUAUGAAAACAUGAAGUUUACUACGAAGAGAUCUGGGACAAUUAAUUGUCUGUUUAAUUUAUUACUGUUAAUAAUGAAACUGAGAAAUGGGCUAGCAAAUGAAGCUAGUCAAAGUUUUGUAAAAAGAUCUGAAACGGCACGUAAUUUUUAUCAGAGACUUUCAGUAAGCGCCUUGAUUUACUGCCACAAUCCCAUGUAUGUGAGUGGAAAUAAUGGCUGACUGAAUGAAUCCAGUUCAGGAACUUGUGAAAGGUAGUCACUGUCGCCUGUCAGAAGUGCACCAGGACGCACUGCUCUCACUGUUCCUCUUUCCUUUUGCUGGACUGAAACGCCUGUAUGUUGUAAUGCAAUUGAAAUGCAUUCCACAAGGUUGUAUUGAUGCUUUCACCAUUUUGCAGGUUGUUUUCCUUUAUUUACUAUGGAUAUUAUUUGUUUUUGUUGAUUAUUAUUAAUAUUGCCAUUAUUAUUACAAGUAUUUAUGUCAUCAAAUGAUACGUAUAUUAUAAAUAUGACAAAGUAAUAUAUAAAUCCAUGGUGUAUAUAAAUCGAACCAUAGUUAACUUGAGAGAGUGCUGAAAUGUGAUUGGUGGAUUUUAUGGACAAUAACACUUGCUUUUACAAGUGUUUUACAGAAUGUUGCAGACUUUGUUCUGGUAUUUAUUCAUCUUUUUUUCAGCAUUUGGUUCUUUUGAAGUUUGUGCAAUUCAGAAUUUGCAUCUUUUUUUUUAAUGGAGGAUUUACUUCCUUUUUUUUUUUAGCAAGAAUAUAAAUAAUUCAACAUUGAUUUCAUUAUCAAAGGUGAAUUUAGUUCUUGAUCAUCAGUUAAGUCCACGGUGUAUAUGAGGCGCUACAUCGCAGCAGGUCAAAAACACACCAGAAACAUAUGUUCAUAAAGGUUUGGACAGAUGGAUCCAGUCACUUGAGCGACCACUUUUCUCCCACUGAAUAUCCCAUCCCCUUUGCAUGACUGCUGUACUUACUGAAUGAAGAGUGUUCUAUAAACAGAUUUGUACAUAAUAUAGCCUAUUAUAAUAUGAUAUAAUGUUGUUUAUGGAACAAGACAAAACUAUUAUUCAGGUUUGAUUGUGUAAUGUGUGAAUGUGACACCUGUGUGAAAGUUUAUCAUUCAGUGUAGUUAAAUAUUGCAUAUUUAAUUUGUAAGCCUAUUCUAACGUAGGCCUGUAUGUCACAACCAAGAUGAAUGUUCUUUUAGAAAUUUAUGAAAUAUGAAGUCAACAAAUUUGUGUACAGAAGGUGUGAAACACAAUACAGAGAGAUGUGAAUAUUUAUUGCUUCUAAACUGUUAUAAAGUGUCC